AUGAAGGAGGAAGCUCCAGGUACUAAACACAGUGAUUUUCUGGAAUCUAAGGGAUGCUUUGCUAACACGACAUCCUCUGGCAGAAAGAUCAGCCCCUCAUCUUCUGUUGAAACAUGUCUUAGUGUGAGUAAGCCUCCAGGCCUCUGCAAAGUGUCUGUUCACCUAGACCUGGCUGCAGAUUUGGGUCUGAAAUCCUCCUCCUCACAUUCUGAUCACUCCUCUGAAACCUCAUUGCCUGACGUCCCAAAGCAUAAAUAUCCUGAGGAGUUCAGCCUGCUUAAAUUGCAGACAAAAGAUGGGCAGCGUCCCGAGUGGACAUUUUACCCGAGGUUUAGCAGCAAUAUCCACACCUACCAUGUUGGAAAGCAGUGUUUCUUCAAUGGGGUCUUCCUCGGCAACAGGAGGUCUCUGUCAGAGAGAAGGGUGGACAAGUGCUUUGGGAGGAAGAAAUACGAUAUUGAUCCUAGGAAUGGAAUACCAAAGUUAACUCCAGGAGAUAAUCCAUAUAUGUACCCAGAACAGAGUAAAGACUUCCACAAAGCAGGAUCAACUCUCCCACCAGUGAAUUUCUCCAUAGUGCCUUAUGAAAAGAAAUACGAUACUUUUAUUCCACUUGAGCCUCUUCCACAAAUUCCUACCUUGCCUUUCUGGGUGAAGGAGAAGGCCAACAAGCUGCAGAAUGAGAUAAGAGAGGUUGAGGAGCUUGACAAUUGGCAACCAGCAUCCCCCUUGAUGCACGGUUUACUCCUUCCUGCAUUUGUCCACCUGGCCAUGCAGGACUGA